UACAGUUCGAACUUCAAUUUAACUGCAGCGUCCUUUUAAUCGUUCAUACAUAUUUUCAUUUCUUAUAAAAUUCAGCCCAAUUAGCAAAUGUCUUAUUUAUACUGAAAACAAGCGUAUUAGAAGCAUACAUGGAAUCACACGGUUCCACCCCAAUAAAGGCGGAGAUCCUGGAAAUGACGGCCGGGAAUGUGGACCUGCUGCACGCUAUGUGGAUCCGUAUGUUUGACCCCAAGACUUGCGACGAGUACGUCCACAGGCUGAAGGACCACGUGCAGAGCUUUUACACGGAUCUAUUGAACGAGUCGCGUGAGAAGCAUCAGACUAUCCUUGAUGAAAUCGCCGGCCUGCGGGCAGAAGCCAGCAACCUUGCGCGCUUGCUCCACAGGCCAACGGACAUCGCCGAGCGUCCAGAUGACGUCCCGCUGGUCAUCUGGCAGCUCAAGUUUGAUAAAAGCAUCGAGGUCUUGCGCGAGGAAUUGGUCAGGGGACGCGCCGAGGUCUGCGACUUGCUGCUCCAGCAGGAACAGCUAUGCGAUGAACUAGGCGAGGAGCCACUUUCCCUGCAGUCAGAUCCUCUGCCUCUACCGGAGGAAAUGGACGCGUUUCGGGAUCACCUCGAGCAACUGCGUGCCCAGAGGGCAAAGCGCCUGGAGGAAAUGGACCACAUACGCCAGAGCAUCAAGCACAGCAUGAAAUUGCUGGAGUGCCUGCCGCAGACGGACCUGGAGGAGCGCCUACUGAACCAGGUAGAUCACUGCCUCACGCCCGACACAUUUGAGCGGUUGCGCCGAAUGGAAAAGGAACUCGCCGACCAGAUGCAGGAAAUGCGUGAACGCAUCGAUGACAUGCGCGAAAAGAUUCGUGUUCUGUGGGAGCGACUUCGGGAGACGGACGAAUAUGCGAUGCGAAGAGUACGCAAAGCGACUGAAUACACACAGUACACGUACGACGUGCUCCGGGAGGAGUUGCAGCGCUGUCAGACACUUCGAAGGCGGAAUCUGAAGUCAUUCAUCGAACAGCUGCGCGUCGAAAUCAAGGAAUGGUGGGAUUUAACCCUGAAAAGCCCAGAGGAGCGCAAGCGUUUCACUAGCUACUUUACAAAUUUCGAGAGCGAAGAUGUUCUGGAGCUACACGAGAUGGAAUUGGACAGCCUUAAGGUCUUUUACACCAAUAACAAGAAGAUUUUUGAGCUAUACGCCACCCGAGCAGAGCUGUGGUCACGAAUGGAGGCGCUGGAGGCCAAAGCCAACGAGCCCAACCGCUUUAACAAUCGUGGUGGGCAGCUGUUAAAGGAGGAAAAGGAGCGCAAGGCCAUCUCGGUCAAGCUGCCCAAGAUCGAGCAACAGAUCACCGAGCUAGUAAAUGUCUAUGUGAGCCAAACGAAAACGCCCUUUCUGGUGUUCGGUGAGGACAUCCUUAAAAGCAUGGCGUUGGGAUGGGAGCAAUUUCGACAGUCCAAGCAGCAGCCCUCUGUGCGCAAGAAGCAAGAGCUGUCCGGUGCGGUCAGCAAAAAGAUGCCACCGCCACAUCUCACGCCGAAGGGUAAGACAGGCAUGUACCAAUCUUCUACGUCGCUGAAGAAGAGCCCAUCGAAAGUAGCCGUGAGCAGUGCUACCAAGAGCACAGGCAAUCUGAAAAAAAGGAGGCAUUCCAAUUCCGGCAAUGCCAUCUCACCAACAGCCACUGCCGCCAAGCGGAAUCUUAUAACGUCACUGGAAUGCAACAAUUCCGCUACCGCCCUUGCUGUGAACUCCCAAAGGAAGCUACUCAAUCCACCGAAAAAGGUUUUGGUGCUGACACACUCCCUGCGCCGGGUCAAGCGAACCUCGAGGCCCAGUGCCUCCGGCGUGAACCCCAGUCGGAGUCGUCCCAUACCGAAGAUUCGUAUAGAGGCGCCGUCCAGCGAGGACUGUGGCAGUUCUUAGACAUUCUGGCCAUAGUCUUUGGAUCUCCACAUCAAUUUCUAAUCGAGUCAGCUACUGAUCUGUGUUUUUACUACCUGAACUACAUGUAUUCUAUAAGUAUUUUAACUGGAAGCCCCUAUAACGUCCUAAUUUAGUUAGUUAGGUCCCGAAAGUUUAUAUCUUGCAAAUGUAAAACUGUCGGGUGAUUAUAUAAAUAAUUUUAGAGUGAAUUGUAGCAGGGGUUUGUAAUAAAUGAUUAAUUAUAAAUGACUAACACACGUUUUCACUUUGUUUCC